AUGCUGAAUGAAAAUCAAUACAAGAGACCAUCCGUACUUGAUAUCAGUAGUUUACUGAAUACAUCAACAGUUGAUCACCAUCAAAAAAGCCCAUCUCUCUCACCUUCACUGACCUCCUCACCUGCAAGUGUUUCAUCUUAUACCAGCUAUCCAUUCCCAACUCAAACCGCAGAACCUGUAAUGUGGGAUGAUGUGAAAAAAUACAACAAACUAAAGCCUCAACCAAGACAAUCUUAUACACCCAUCUCCAUGAAUGAGGACGAUGUUGACAUGUUGGAUGAAGAUGAGGACGAUGCCGAUGAAGAGGUGGACGAUGAGGAUGAGGACUCUGAUUCACCCAUCAAAGCUAAACGCAGAAGAGCCAAUGCUAAACAACUGGAAGUUUUGAAUAGAGUGUUCGAUCGUACCUUCUUCCCAUCAACGCAAAUGAGAGCUGAAUUAGGACGACAACUGGGUAUGAGCCCUCGUACAGUUCAGAUUUGGUUCCAGAAUCGUAGACAAGCCAUGCGCACAAGAGAGCGCCAGCGAUUAAUCAAGCUUCGCAACAACGAAACCAAAGCUACAACAACAAAAUCUGAUUAG